AUGGCCGUUAUCGAGGAGCUCGGCCUCGAGGUCAAAGUCAACGUCAAUGGCUCAGCGGCCGCCGAGUGCCCAGACGAAGAACCUGAUGUCAACAACAACGCUCGUAGGCAGACCGCCAACGUUUGUCACCGCUAUGUGGAGUCCGUUGACAACGCCGGGUUCGCCAUCAAUGUCGGGCUUAUCCCGGGGACCAACACUGGGCAGGAGUGGGUUGGUCGAUCACAAAACCACGGACUGUCAUUCACAGUGGCGUUCGAUGGCGGCCACAAUGUCGCGACAGUAGUGAUCCGCCAACGCCGCAACACAGAGCUCUUGGAAGGCGUUCACGUCGAGGAUGCCAACAAGAAACGUGUGGCUUCGGAUCUGAAGGUCGCCCAGAAUCUAGGACUCAUUCGGGUCUCUGUCCGUCGCAUCAUUUUCAAAAACAAAGACCAGAGUCAUACUUCUUCACACCAUCUGAGACUUGGAACACAAGGCAUAUCUCUUGCUGAGAAAGCUCUCAAGGGGCGAGCAGUGUCGCAUGGAGCAGCACUGUCUGCCCCGGUUCAGUCCACCAACUGGGACACCUACCACUUUGACUGCGUGGAUACGUACGCCUCUCCGCUCGCUGUCUUCUACUUCAAAUAUCGCUCGAAAGAGGCGCUCCAGCAGCAGCUUAUCAUCCCACGACCAAGAAGUCUUUCCAUGGAGUCCGAUCUGGAAAACAUUUCACCUGAUGAAAUCCGCCGCCUGGCACGCGAGAGAUUGUCGCAGAUAAAGGAUGGCAAGAAGCGGGCUAUAUGUGUCAAGGACGAGGACGACACGAAGAUCAUCAACUCCGACAAUGUUGGGGAUAACUAA